AUGGGGGCACCUACGGACGACAAGUCCAAAGAGGCACCCGCUGGUCCAUCCAGCUCUAAUGAACGGCCCCCUUCUUACGAUAGAGAAGACCCUGUCGAGCAGAUCGCUUUGGAACUACCGAAGCUAAAUCUGGAGGCGUCAUCGGGUGGAAUCGGCAAAACUGUCACCCGCGACCAGUGUGUGGCCCAUCUCAAAUUCCUCGCUGUUCUCGCCGAUCUACGAGAUGUUAUUUCCAACACCGAUGGCCUAUUCGGUAUCAACAACUCCGAUGUUGAUGGGAAAUUCUCCCAGCCAACGGAUCAAAAUGCAGCCCGUGCGAAAAUCAAAGAGAAGCGCUGGGCUGUCUAUACUGCUCGUGCGGCCGAUAGAUAUACCGCCUGGUGGUUUAAUUGCCUGCCGGUGUCCCAAAGCCGGGCAACGCUGAAAAUGGUUAAAGAUGAGCAUUAUGAACAAAUCACAAGUCCUGAUAAAGCCUCGGAUAUAUCCUGGAGCACGAACAAUUUGCCUCCGAUUGAUAUCCUGAUGGUAUGGCACUCUCAUAUGCUGAAUCCGCGGAACUUCCUGGAAGACUGUAUUCGAUACGGCAGGAUGAGUACCUGGCGCACCGGCUUUCCAUUCAAGCCUGUCAAUGAUUGUAUUGAUGAUCGUUCGCUCGAAUACACAGUGAGCGACAAGUGCAAGAAGAAGUUCGAAAAGAAGGCCCAGCUCAAAUGGCACAACCUAGAUGAUCCAUCGACAAAACAGCUCCAAUGCCCGGCUUGUUCACUCGAAACCGCCGUUCCGUGGACCCGCCCCAAGUUUGGAGAUAGUCUCGAAAAAGCCUUUAAAGAAAGCACGGGUUAUGCCGAUAAUAAAUUUGGAGCCAAAUGCUAUCAUUGUUCGUUCGAAUUAACUCAUGACCGACUCAAAGUGAACAAGUUUCGCCAGGAUCUAAUCCACCUCAUCCGCCAGAAGGAGCCAAUGCCAGGCACUGUUCUCGACUCGAAUGGCAUACCCAGGGGCAAACCCAAGCGCGGAAGCGCCUUAUCCCACACGAACAUGAUGUUCCCCAAUAUCAUCAUGAAAGCCAUUGGUCAGGAAACCAUCGAUUUCACCAGCCCCCAGAGCAACAUGUGCCGGAGUAUCGACGACCUGCGCUCGCACCUCGAGCCCAGAAUCCUAAACACCAAAAUCCUCAAAUCCUUAGGCCUCGGCUCCGCCAAACCAGGCUACAAGAUGUUCUUCCGCCGCAUGAUGUCGCGGCACCUUUGUCCAAAAAUGGACAACAUCGACUGGCUGCACUCGCCCACCGUCCUCGACACGGCCGACCGCCUCAUCAAGAAAUAUACCAUCUUCCUCCGCAUCAUGCUCGACCACCCACUCAAACUGGCCGUGCCUACCCUCGAUGUCGACCUCGCUUGGCACACCCACCAACUGAUGCCGCGCCGUUACUACGCCUACACGACGACCCUGUCCGCCGUCAUGAAGCGCUUCAUCGACCACGACGACAAAGUCGACGAGAACAAGCUCUCCGAGGGCUUCGAGUGGACCAGCAAGAUGUACCGCCGUGCCACGAAGGGCGGCAUCUACUCCGAGUGUACCUGCUGGUACUGCGAGGCGACCCGCGCCCCGGACCUCUACGACAGACUACUCCCGCUGGGCUCGGCCGCGCGCGCGCGCACCAACGCGAACUCACUGCACGACCGCGCCGACAUCUCGGCCGAUCCGGAGCGCAACCCGCACAUCUCGGCGCACAACGCGGUGCGGCCGACGGUCGGGACGGACGGCAAUCCCCAGCUGGGAACGUUGCAGCGCAUGCGGCUGCAGAGGAACUACGAGAAGUCUGUGCGGCGUGCGAAGAAGGGGCAGAGGAAAGGGGAUGGGAUAGCUGAGCCGCUGUAUUAUUCGCCGCUGGCUUGGGGGUAUCCGCUUUAUGUGCCGUACUACGCGCCGUAUAUGUGUGACCCGGGGAUUAGCGCUGAUUCGUAUGCUUGCAAUCCUAGCUGUAUGAGUACUGGGGCUGGAGCUGUUGGAAAUUGUUGCUCAGGGACUUGUGGGGGAGGUGUUGCUGCUGGUUCUUGUGGUGGUAUUGGCUCUGGGGCUGCUUGCGCAGGAGGGAGUGCUGCUUGUGGUAAGUAG